CUGCAUGCGAUGCCGCUCCAGUGAUGUCAAACUUUGAACUUUCUCUGUGGUAGAACUGCAAUGCAUGAGCAAUUCUCAUUUCUUCCCGAUUGCACCUCCAAAGUCACCAUGUAUCAUGGCUCAGUCCGAUGCCCGAAAUUACGUCCUAGCGAUAGAGAGCAACAGGCAGGAAGCCGCUCAGAUUGCCCAGUCCGCCGCUCAGAAACUUGAGAGCCGGCAGAUCACUCUGAUCGAACUCGUCCAAUCUUUGGGCGAGUAUAUCAACGAUGAAGACGGCAAAAUUCGCGAUCGAGCGCUCUCCUACCUAGUCGCCGUCAUCUCUUCUCUCGCCCCGAAAUUCCUCUCUCGCCAGCAAAUACAGGUCUUGUGUCAGUUCCUGUGCGAUCGCAUUGAAGAUGGAGGGGCUAUCGAUGGCCUGUCCAAGCUACAAAGCUUGGAUAGAUUCACCACAGAUAUGGCACAAUCAGUUGUGAGAGCGAUAUUCCAACACUUUAGCGACCUACAGACACGGAAUCAGGCCGGCAGAUACAGAGUACUACAAUUGCUGAAUGAGCUACUGGAACGUCACCGCGAAGCCGUCCGAGACAUGGGAGACGAAUCUCUUGUGGGCAUCGUCGAAUUGGUCGCCGGCGAAAAGGACCCUCGCAACCUGAUGCUAAUAUUCUCGAUGCUAAGAGUCCUGGUGAUAGAGUGGGACAUCACAAAACAUGUUGAAAUCAUGUUCGAUUCGGUAUACGCAUACUUUCCCAUCACCUUCCGACCACCUCCCAAUGACCCGUAUGGGAUCACAGCCCAAGAUCUGAAAGACAGACUGAGGGACUGUCUGGCUUCUACUGGUGCCUUUGCCCCUCACACCUUUCCCAACAUGUUCGAUCGACUCGACUCAACGUCGACCACAGUCAAGAAAGACGUAUUACAGACUCUGGCCGCUUGCGCGAAAAAUUACGAUGCGGCAACCAUCAGCCAAUACUCCAUCACACUCUGGGAUACAGUCAAGUUUGAAGUGCUGCAAGCUCAGGAGCCCGAACUCGCUGAGGAGGCUUUGAGUGUACUGAAAGGAAUCGCCGAAUGCUUAUCCCAGGAUGUGCAGCCACUGCUUCAGUAUUUGAAACCAAUCAACAAAGAGUGUUUGGAACACCUUCAGGAACCGGCGUCACGCCAGGCGAAAGCUUCUGGAGACAUACUUAAAGCCGUGGCAUCUGCUUCUAUACAAUCUUUCGAGGUUGUGAUCCAGGCUAUCGGUCCGAGUCUAUUCACCAUCUACCAGUCUGGGCAGGGACUGGUCCAUCAAAGGGGGGUUUUAGAUGUUGCGAACCAGCUAUUCGAGGCCUCAAUAGAAGUUCAUGGAUCGUGGACGAAGCCCAGUUCCAAGAAUCCUUCUGGCCAAGAAACCCUGAUCGGCGACUUUAAGGACCAAUUUGUCGCCAUCUACAGCCAGGCGCUCAUGGGCACUGUGAAAGAGGAGGUAUCCUUCCGCCUGACAGCUGCCACUGGAUUACUUCUGAUAUCCCAGAUGAAUUCAAUGCUGUCUGACGAUGAGAUUGGGCUUUUCGUGCAAUACUUUGAUGAUAUUGUUCUAAAAGAAGAAUCUUACGGCCGUGAUGAGCUGAAACGAAAAGCAAUGUCUGCAUUGGCCGAGAUAUCACAAUUCAAACCUAGCCUCAUUUCUAACGUCACAUUCCCUGCCUUUAUGGCUCGGUUGCCGGAUUCGGAAGAAGAUGCCCAGUCCGGUGACUACCGCCCUGUCCUCGAAGGAUUGGCUGAGAUCAGCAUUGAGAAAGAACCGCUAUCGACGUUGAUGAGACGUCUCUUGAACAAGUUGGAUAGUCUUCUCAAUUCAGACGAUCGACAAACAUAUCCAUACACUUGCGCCAUCCUGGGUACCAUCCUCUACGUACUCAGUCGAGCGGCCUCGUCACAAAACACAAUUCUGGAUCAAUAUUACGAACGAGUGGUCGUCGGUCUGUGCAGGAGGACCACACAGUCCAGGAACGGGCCACUUACGAACGAAAACGUCCUGGAUCUUGUCGGCCGACUUGUCAAUCUGAUCGUGCGGCACUCGUCAGUUGAGCAUGUCCAGAAAGCCGCAGCGGACAUCUACCUAUUGUUCCGGGACAUACAAUCUGGUGGCAAGCCACCCGAAGUCAUAAAACUACUUGAACCACCAACGGUCACCCUCCUAUCAACGUGGCUACUGGCAGCUAUUCCCAGGAAAACCCAGUCUAAGGUACUGAUGAAAGACCAAAUUCCCAAAAUCAUCGACGAGCUGAUAUCAUUCGCAUCUUCAAAGUCGUCCACACUCGCCAUCACUCAGAGCUGCCUCUCGCAGAUAUCCCUGUACGUCAACAAGCAUCUGGACAACGCCGAUCUCUCUUUGAUCGACACGUUACUCUCAGAAAGACUAUCCGCCUUGAAAGAAACACCGAUGGACGAAGCCGAAACACCCGACUUCAAUAUCCGUCUGUGUUUCUCGAUAAUCAAAGCCCUCACACUCCGCCUUGCGCCAAAAACGAACGAGUACCUCACAAACCUCGUGGACCUGCUCGCCGAAAGCCGAUACCCACACGACGUAUCGAGCAAAGCAGCCAUGGGUUUCGCGACGCUCCUGGCACCAGACGACAUACUUUCCAAGCAAAACGGCGCACAAAUCAGGUUGCUCGCCCCACAACGAGUCUUCCAGAUCCUCACACCGCUUAUAUCCGAGCGGUUCAGGGCUUCGCAAACCCCAUCCGAGAAGGAAAACUAUCUAAUUUCCCUAAGUGGUGUCCUGGCACAUGUCCCCUCGGACAUCGUCAUGCCUGAAUUGCCGACACUGCUGCCGCUGUUACUCCAGUCCCUCGACAUUGCCGACCAGGCCGUCAAAGUCGCCACGCUCGAGACGCUGGCUGUCGUGAUAUCCAACAACCCGGUCGCCCUGGAAGAUAGCGGCCACAUCCCCGCGCUGGUAAAGAGGCUUGUAGCCGUGGCGUCGGUGCCUAAGCAUAAACAGAAACAAACACAGUUGGCCAACCAGAAGUCGUCAGCGGCGGCGGCAGCGCAACAUAAUCUUCCCAAGAUUCGCCGCCUUGCAACGCGCUGUCUGACACUCCUGCCGAAAUACGUUACUGGUGGUGCAGGCCGAACGAACCCCUUGAUUGUCCUAAAACGUGAGGUCCUGCACGGCUUGAUGAAUGUGUUGGACGAUGUGAAACGCGAUGUCAGAAAGGAGGCCGUCGAUGCGAGAGCGGCGUGGCUUCGUGGUGUUGACGAUGCUGCCGAUGGUGAUGAUGACGACUAAGGGAAGAAACCUAGAUGGUACUAUGGGCAUGUGGAAACAGAAAGGCACAGUCACAAAAGCUAGAGUGGAUAGAUGAGUAGAACAUUAUCAAAGCCAUG